CGCACGUCGCUCGCGUUACACCCUUCGUUUGGCCAACACGCGCGCGUCCAAAACCGCCUGGCGAUGCGUCCCCGCGGAAUGUCGCCCGUUGCUGUCCUGGCCGCCGCCGCCGCCGUAGUGGACAUUUCGCGGUCGUACCCAGCGACUUAGGUCCUGACCGGGCCGGGUCUUAACCGCGUUAUCUAACAAUACAAACACCGGAACGGACCCGACUAUAUUGUUAUUUGCCUUUGCCAAUAUUAUAAUAUUAAUAUAUUUGGUACACGAGGGGUACACUCUGGUAAUUCGGCCUAGACCGUCGUCGCCAUGGAGGCCGACCUCCGGAUCCUGUUAGUCGUCUGGAUACUGUCCACCAUGGGAGCGUCGCCCGAACUAGCGUCUGAAGUGACAGUACCGUUGGUUCCAGUUGACGCUGUGGAAGGCCGAAGUGUACAAUUUCCUUGCGAUGUGUCUUCGCCUAAUCCAGCAGAUAAAGUUUAUAUGGUUUUUUGGUUUAAAGACGAUUCUGGCGUGCCUUUAUACAGUUUUGACGUUAGAGGCAUGCCACUGAACAAGGCUCGUCAUUUUUCGGCACCGGAAGUUUUUGGCAGUCGUGCCACCUUUCGGACGGUUACAGAACCGGCGUGUCUUAAUGUGGAUGAAGUAAACCGGAACGACGAAGGAGUUUACAGAUGUCGAGUCGAUUUCCGAAACUCUGCCACAAAGAGCUUUCGUUACAAUUUGUCUGUUAUCGUGCCACCUGAACAUCCGGUCGUGUUCGACAAGUGGGGAAGGCAACUCAACCACACUAUCGGACCCCUCGACGAGCACGACCACGUAGCUCUCAUAUGCCACGUCACGGGAGGUAACCCACCACCGUCUGUGGUAUGGCUAAAAAACGGUGACGUGGUCGAUGAUAAAUGUGAGCACAUAUCGAACGACGUGCUCGAGAAUCGACUCUACUGGCCGUCGGUAAAUAGGCGUGAUCUCAAUUCAGUAUUUACGUGCCAAGCUACGAAUACACACUUAAUUGAUCCUCGCCAGAUGUCCGUCGUCUUAGACUUGCGAUUGGCUCCUUUAUCAGCAGUGCUUACAAAACAAGAAUCAGUUUUAGUAGCCGACCGCAGAUACGACGUGUCGUGUCACUCGGCAGGAUCCAGACCUCCAGCUUCUAUUACUUGGUACCGAAACGACAAAAAACUUCCAAAAACUAAGCCCGAUGACAUCAAAGAAAACGUAACGACUAGUGAGAUUACAUUCGUGCCAACGACAGAUGAUAAUGGCAAGUCUAUCACCUGUAGAGCAGAAAACCCACAAGUGCCGACAUUGGUUGCAGAAACUAAUUGGGUGCUCAAAGUCGUUUUUGCUCCCAUUGUUUCCCUCCGACUUGGUAACUCUAUCAACCCAAAUGGCAUAAAAGAAGGAGAUGACGUGUACUUUGAUUGCCAAGUAAAAGCCAAUCCACCAUCGACAAAGCUCACGUGGUACCGAAAUGGAAUGACGUUAAACUUAAACUCGUCCACUAGAACUAUGAAAAGCGAUAACAACUUAGUGCUACAGAAAGUAACGAGAAACGUGGCCGGAAGGUAUGCUUGUCGGGCGACAAAUUCUGAAGGCGAAUCAUUCAGCAACGAACUCAGCCUCCGUAUUAAAUAUGCUCCUGGAUGCCGGACCGAUCGUGUGCUUAUGUUGGGAGCUUCGCGUGGAGAAAGCAUGGAUGUAUUGUGCGAAGUCGACGCCGAUCCUCCGGCUAAAGGAUUCAGGUGGAAAUUCAACAAUUCCGGUGAAACCAUCGAAAUCGGCCCAGAGCGUUUCAUAUUUAACGGCACCUCUAGUGUGCUAAGAUACACACCGGUAGCCGAUCUGGACUACGGUACAUUAUCCUGCUGGGCCGAGAACGGUGUUGGACAUCAAGCCGUGCCGUGUCUAUUUCAGAUGGUAGCAGCAGGUAAACCGCAGUCGGUGCACAACUGUACUGUCCGCAACAACACGGAGGGUGCGGUCGAUGUUCAGUGCGAACCCGGCUAUGACGGAGGUUUAACUCAAUCUUUCGUACUAGAAGUGUAUUCUGAAGCCAUGAACAGCAACGAAGAUGGAGAAACGUUGUUUAAAAAUUUCACCAACAAAAAGGCACCGCGUUUCUCAUUGGGUAAAGUACCUUUGGGCAUCUUGUACACUGCUCGCGUGUACGCCGUCAAUACAAAAGGAAAAUCUACUCCUAUCACAUUGCCCAGAUUCUCAUUCCCGAGCUCUGAAAAUCAAAUGGGAUUUGGUGUUGAAGUGUUGAAAGUAUCGCCCGUGAUGAUAACUACAGUAAGCGUUUGCUUGCUGAUAAUUGUGUUGACGAUUAUCAUAAUUAUCCGAAUAAAAAGAUCCAACAAUAGGAAACGGUCAUCUAGACAAUUGACUGGCGGCAAACAAGUUAUCGUCCACCGAAGGAACAAUGGACAAGUGGCCUCCGCUAUACUGGAAUCUGAUAUGGACCCAGAUUUAAUUCCCGUUAAAUACGAUCCGUUGGACACUCUAAGUACGUGCAAUGGAAGCGUUCUCUUAAACGAUACUAGAAACUCUUCCCUACAGAAUUGGAUCACCUCGCAAAACGCUAUUCAAAACGAAAAUGUGGUUCACCAACACCCAGCAGAACUGAACGGAGCUGCCAUUAAAGAAAAACUAAUGAUGUCUAGCAGUCAUAUACCAGAAAGUUGCGUGUGAGAGAUCUCUAUCCAAAAUAUCAUAUACCUAAUAAUCGAUGUAAAUCAUGUAUGUAAAAAAAAAAUAAGUAAAUUAAUCGUGUAUGCUUUGGGGACACUUAAAAUAAUAAUAGGGUCGAAUACAUCUUGUUUACGAUGAAAAUUAUCGAUAAUAGUAUGUCCAAAACAAAUACACUUAUAUCAUAUACAUUAUUCGCUUAAAUCAAUAUUUAGCUUUAGAAAAAAAUUCACCACUAAUGUAGU